AGCGGGGGAGGACGGAGGUCACCCAGCAUCCUCACCCAGCACCCCAGAAAUCUGGAGAGCAGACUGCCCGCGGCAGAGUCUCAGCCUGCCUGGAAGAUGCCGAGAUUGUGCUGCAGCUGCCUGGGGGCCCUGCUGCUGGGCUUGCUGCUUCAGGCCUCCGUGGAAGUGCGUGGCUGGUGCCUGGACAGCAGCCAGUGUCAGGACCUCACCACGGAAAGUGACCUGCUGGCGUGCAUCCAAGCCUGCAAGCCCGACCUCUCAGCCGAGACCCCCGUUUUUCCGGGCAAUGGCGACGAACAGCCGUUGAAAGAGAACUCCCGGAAGUACGUCAUGAGCCACUUCCGCUGGGACCGCUUUGGCCGCCGGAACGGCAGCAGCGGCGGCGGCGCGGACCAGAAGCGCGUGGAGGAGGCGGCGGCGCCGGUGGCGGCGGCGGAGACCGAGCCGGGUCUGUCCCCGCUGGCCGCGGCCGGCGAUGGCGCCCAGGCGGACGCGCGUCAGGACAAGCGCUCCUACUCCAUGGAGCACUUCCGCUGGGGCAAACCGGUGGGCAAGAAGCGGCGGCCGGUGAAGGUGUACCCCAACGUCGCCGAGGACAAGGCGGCCGAGCCCUUCCCCGUCGAAUUCAAGAGGGAGCCGGCCUUCGAGCCCCGGGACCCGGCCGGGAGCGCGGCCGCCCGCGCGGACCUGGAGGCCGGCCUGGAGGAGGAGGGACAGGGGGAGGGGGAGGAGGAAGAGAAGAAGGACGGCGGACCCUACAAGAUGGAGCACUUCCGCUGGGGCAGCCCGCGCAAGGACAAGCGCUACGGCGGCUUCAUGAGCUCCGAGAAGAGCCAGACGCCGCUGGUGACGCUGUUCAGAAACGCCAUCAUCAAGAGCGCUUACAAGAAGGGCCAGUGAGCCCGGGCCUCGUCCUCCCCCAGCCCCCUAGAGCUGUGUGUAGCUAGGAAAUAAAACCUUUCCUUCCAGUUUCA